GGGUUUCCCGUACCGAUCGAUGGCCGUCGCCGACGCGGUGCUUCCCUCACCGCCGCCCCCGCCGGCGCGGAUCGUCGUCGUGAUGCUGCUGCUCUUGCGCUUCGCCCGCGUCCUACGCGUCGCGGCGGGGGCCCUCACCUACGUGUGCUCGUCGGUCGCGUGUGUCUCCUCCGGGGCCGCGGCUGCGCUGCUCGUCGCGCACCGCGCCUGGGGCACGCGCUCCGGCCCCUUCCUGUUCCUCCAGGCGCUCAUGUACGGGGGUCUCAAGGUCUGCGUCCUCAGCGUCCUUGCGUCGUUCUCGCUUGCCGUCCUGAUGGUGUGCGUCCAGCGCGUGGCAUACGAGAUUGCAGUUCGAACUGGAUCCACUUCGGAAUACAAUAAGGUCCGCUUCAUACCAAUCAAGCGGGAGCCGCUUUCACACUUGUUUAGGCUUCCGCGCACCGCGGUGCUUGGAGUGGCCGUGGAUGUGGCUUUCUUCCUGCUAACGGUCGCUGGUCUUCUGGUAGCGACGAUGUCGCCGCACGUGGAGGGUUCGAAAUCUCAUGGUCAAAUGGCCGGUUCCGUGAUCAUGGAAGUGGGGUUAUUUGGUAUGCUUGUGACAGCUUGCUUUGUUACCAUCCCAGCGUUCGUUCUGCAUGCCUGGAGGAAUGACCAGGCGGAAUGGAAAGCACGGUCACAGUGCUGUUGAGGUAUACCUCCCCCUUUGCUUUGCUCCCCUGUUUCUGUGAGCCAUAUGAUCAUUUCUAUUACUAUCUGCAUAUUUUGUUGUAGCCUCCUAAUAGCAUGAAAACAGUCCUCCAGUGUUUUUAAUUAAUUAUUGCCUACUGGUGUUGAUAUUUGUUAAGAUGGAGAAUCAUUGUAUAUAAAACCAAUAAUGAGGUUUUUGCUAUUUCCUUUGCUCAUUGCAUACUAAAUUGGGAUUGGCAUUGAUCUUAAAUUGUGCAAGUAGCCAACGAAUGCAGUUCUACCGUAUGCAUUUGUUAUGAAGUGAUGAUAAUAAAAAUGAUCAGUUGCACAUAUUAGAAAAAAGCAAAUUAAUUGCCUAUGGUCCAUCGUUCACUGUGAUCGUUGUAUCUUUGCAGCGAGUGAGAUAUAACAAUGUUUGCAUGCUUCCAAACUGUUUGCAAGCACCUUUCUUGAGUUUUCUUGUCAUUG